AUGGAGUCUACUAUUGGAAAUGCCUGCUUUGAGAUCAUAGAAAAAGUCGCGCAAGUCAAGAGGACAGGUUUGGAAAUGCAGGAUCUUCCAAAGCAGCUAUAUGGCAAUGAUUGCGGCAUCUUUAUGUUGAUGUACACUGUACUGGAAGCGCAGUUUGACUUCACAGUUGAAGACAUGCCAACUCUGAGGAAAUGGUGGUGUUUGUUACUGAUGGAGACCUUUGACCUUGGGAGCUAUGGACAAUUAUUUGCCCAUUGGACGGAGGAAGCCAAGGCUAUGCUUCGAGGGGAAGUACAGCCAGUUCUGAGGGUGAAAAAGCGCAAGUUCUGUGCAACAGACAGACCUGUUGCCUGCUACACAAGAACAUCGAGACUGGAAAGUCCUAAAAGAUUGUCAAUUAGCAGCAAGCUGGGCAAAGGACAACCUGUUUUUAUUCACUGGAAAAAUACAGUUUCCUCCUGUGCUGGACUGGGAAGGAGAUGA